AUAGAGCCAUGGGAGCGGGGAGCAGGCAGGUUCCCUCGCCGGGCCCGGCAGGGGAGCGAGGAACCGGGCUAGCAGAUGGAGUGGAGCUCGUUCUAGGCAGCUGGCUUGGCCGGAGAAUGGAGGAGCCGCCAAGCGACCGGCUGAUUGGAAGAGAAACGCAGAGCGAUGGAGGCGGGGGUAGGAGGACGAUUUCUCUGCGGGGACUGGCGGCGGCGUACACGCCCGGGUCGGGCGCUGCAGAGCUUGGCUAGCUUUCAACCCGCGCUCGGCAGCUCCAGCUUCGCGCGCCCCCACCCCCAGCCCUGCCGGCGGCUCCGCAGGGUGAGGUGGCUUUUACCCCGGGUUGCCCGGCCAGCGUAAACGAAGAGGUGGCUGGACAGCUGGAGGAUGAACGGAGAAGCCGACUGCCCCACAGACCUGGAAAUGGCCACCCCCAAAGGCCAAGACCGCUGGUCCCAGGAAGACAUGCUAACUUUGCUGGAAUGCAUGAAGAACAACCUUCCAUCCAAUGACAGCUCCAAGUUCAAAACCACAGAGUCACAUAUGGACUGGGAAAAAGUUGCAUUUAAGGAUUUUUCAGGAGAUAUGUGCAAGCUCAAAUGGGUGGAGAUUUCUAAUGAGGUAAGGAAGUUCCGUACAUUGACAGAAUUGAUCCUUGAUGCUCAGGAACAUGUUAAAAAUCCUUACAAAGGCAAAAAACUCAAGAAACACCCAGAUUUCCCAAAGAAGCCCUUGACCCCUUAUUUCCGCUUCUUCAUGGAGAAGCGGGCCAAGUAUGCAAAACUCCACCCUGAGAUGAGCAACCUGGACCUGACCAAGAUUUUGUCUAAGAAAUACAAGGAGCUUCCAGAAAAGAAGAAGAUGAAAUAUAUUCAGGACUUCCAGAGGGAGAAACAGGAGUUCGAACGAAACCUGGCCCGAUUCAGGGAGGAUCACCCUGACCUUAUCCAGAAUGCCAAGAAGUCGGACAUCCCUGAGAAGCCCAAAACCCCCCAGCAGCUGUGGUACACCCACGAGAAGAAGGUGUAUCUCAAAGUGAGGCCGGAUGCCACUACGAAGGAGGUGAAGGACUCCCUGGGGAAGCAGUGGUCUCAGCUCUCGGACAAAAAGAGGCUGAAAUGGAUUCAUAAGGCCCUGGAGCAGCGGAAGGAGUACGAGGAGAUUAUGCGUGAUUAUAUCCAGAAGCACCCCGAGCUGAACAUCAGUGAGGAGGGCAUCACCAAAUCUACCCUCACCAAGGCCGAACGCCAGCUCAAGGACAAGUUUGAUGGGCGACCCACCAAGCCACCUCCGAACAGCUACUCGCUGUAUUGCGCAGAGCUCAUGGCCAACAUGAAGGAUGUGCCCAGCACAGAGCGCAUGGUGCUAUGCAGCCAGCAGUGGAAGCUCCUCUCUCAGAAGGAAAAGGAUGCCUAUCACAAGAAGUGUGACCAGAAAAAGAAAGACUAUGAGGUAGAGCUGCUCAGGUUCCUCGAGAGCUUGCCUGAGGAGGAGCAGCAGCGGGUCCUGGGGGAGGAGAAGAUGCUGAACAUCAGUAAGAAGCAGACCACCAGCCCCGCCUCCAAGAAACCUUCCCAGGAAAGUGGCAAGGGCGGCUCAGAAAAGCCCAAGCGGCCAGUGUCGGCCAUGUUCAUCUUCUCAGAGGAGAAGCGGCGGCAGCUGCAAGAGGAGCGGCCUGAGCUCUCAGAGAGCGAGCUGACCCGCCUGCUGGCCCGCAUGUGGAACGACUUGUCCGAGAAGAAGAAGGCCAAGUACAAGGCUCGCGAGGCCGCGCUGAAGGCACAGUCUGAGAGGAAGCCCAGCGGGGAACGUGAGGAGCGGGGCAAGCUGCCUGAGUCGCCCAAAAGAGCUGAAGAAAUCUGGCAGCAAAGUGUCAUUGGAGACUACCUGGCCCGCUUCAAGAAUGACCGAGUAAAAGCCUUAAAAGCCAUGGAGAUGACUUGGAACAACAUGGAGAAGAAGGAGAAGCUGAUGUGGAUUAAGAAGGCAGCAGAAGACCAAAAGCGAUAUGAGAGAGAGCUGAGUGAGAUGCGGGCCCCUCCAGCAGCUACGAACUCUUCCAAGAAGAUGAAGUUCCAGGGGGAGCCCAAAAAACCUCCCAUGAACGGUUACCAGAAGUUCUCCCAGGAGUUGUUGUCUAAUGGGGAGCUGAACCACCUGCCACUAAAGGAGCGCAUGGUAGAGAUUGGCAGCCGCUGGCAGCGCAUCUCCCAAAGCCAGAAAGAGCAGUAUAAAAAGCUGGCCGAGGAGCAGCAGAAGGAGUACAAAGUGCUCUUAGACCUCUGGCUCAAGAGCCUGUCUCCCCAUGACCGUGCAAAAUACAAAGAAUACAUCUCCAAUAAACGUAAGAGCAUGACCAAGCUUCGAGGCCCUAACCCCAAGUCCAGCCGUGCCACGCUGCAGUCCAAAUCAGAGUCUGAGGAAGAGGAUGAAGAAGAUGAGGAUGAGGAUGAUGAUGAUGAGGAUGAUGAAGAGGAAGAUGAUGAGAAUGGGGAGUCCUCUGAGGAUGGUGGGGACUCCUCUGAGUCCAGCAGUGAAGACGAGAGUGAGGACGGAGAUGAGGUAGGUAGACAGGAUGUGAUGGGAGGGAGGAUUGUGGACCACAAGGAAGGCCACUUGGUGAAUGCAAGUUCUUCCCCCAGAAUGAGGAUGACGAUGAGGAUGAGGAUGAUGAUGAUGAUGAUGAUGAGGAUGAAGACAAUGAGUCCGAGGGCAGCAGCUCCAGUUCUUCCUCUUCAGGGGACUCCUCAGACUCUGACUCCAACUGAGGCUCAAUUCCCCUGGGCAGCCAAGGAGAGCCACCACAGAGCUCCCCUCCCCAACUGACCAUCUUUGUCUCUCCUCAUGUUCUGUCCCCCGCCCCCAGCCUCCCCCACUUUCUUUCUUUCUUUUUUUUUUUAAACAAAAUCCGGUGGGGGUAGGGGGUUGCAGGAGCCCAGGCUAGGACUCUGCAGCCUUGGAGCCAUCAGCCCUGGGGGUCCUCCAGGGACAGCAACCAUCAGACUGAGCCAGCACUGGGCCGGCCCACCCCACCCCUCUUCUGCACUUGUGGUUCCGGCAUGGACAGUGGACCGGGGACUUGGGGGUGGGGAAGUGUCCCAAAGGGAGGCCCUUCACACCUACAGCCCCACACCAAGGUGGAAGUUCGGGGAGGAACCUUUCCUUCUCAAAGGGGCUUGCUGCCUGGACCCCCACAUUGGAACUGGAGGGAGAGGAAGGUGCUGCCUUUGAGAAAAUAGGCACCACUCAUUGCCCUCUCCCCUGCCCCUGCAGGAAGGAGCUGCCUGGACCCGCUUGUGGGGGAGGGGCAGAAUGUUUUUUAUAUAUGUGUAUAUAUUUUUUUUUUAAGCUCUGAGCUGUCAACGAGACGUUUCCUACCGA